AUGUCUAUGACAUCACAGCCAGCAGGAUCAGGUUUAUGUUGUGAUCGUUGUGAUGUCACUUCCAGGAAUGGUGAGAAUAGCCACAGUGCAGGACAUUCGAAUGGAGAACCAGAGAGCAAGUUCUAUAGGCUGACAAAAGUGGAGUUCAGGAGACUUACUGAACAAGUGCGGGAUGUCAGCAACGACUUGAAGAACAAGCUCAGGAAGUCUCCUGUCGAGCAAAAAUUGUACCGUUUGACUCCAGCAGCUUUGCCAAAUCCUGGCAUACAAAAGCUUCACGAUGAGUUACAAGCAAGUCGUCUCCCUUUCCAGACCCGUCAGUGGCGCCACCUGGAUGUUCCAGAACAGACGCUCGUCAGGUGUCGUCCGGUCAGCGCCAGGCCAAAAACUGCACACGUCCACAGCACGACUACAACAAACUGCGCACCUCAACGGCCAUGUUCUGUCCCCUUGAAUGGCAGCCCGCAUUCUGACAAUCCACUGGAGGGUCGUCUUCCUCGACCGCCGUCUUCGCCAAGACCAGACACCCCAUUCGUGACUCCGGGUAACCACGACACGCUGACCCCUCGCGUUUUGUCUCAACUGCUAGUCGACGACUUCCGACCCUCCUCUGCAGCAUACGGUGACCGGGUGAUCACUCGAGCAGAACGGAAGUGCUCGGCCAGAGGCGACAAGCAGCGAGGCAGCGACGACGCCAGCACGACCAGCGGGGUAGAGAGCGAUUCCGGCGAAGCACAGGGCAAUGACAGCGACAUUGACAAGAAAGAUGACGACGAUGACGAAGGAGAUAGCUCCGACUCCGAUGCGGAAGGGUUUGAACCCUCCCUGGACGAUGCUCGUCGUCAGAUACCGUCAGCGCAGAAUAUUUUUCAGUUGCGGCCAGAAAAGCUCGACGCCAUUUACAUCCCGCAGGACAAGAGGGACAUGCGGCGUUUCGAUUUUGACGCGGGGAAUGUAGAACUCCCGCCGUACGAAUUCAAGUCCCCUGUACCUGAUUCCUUGGAAAAUGUCAACCUUCGUUUAUGUGCAAAAGAUGGCGUCAGUUGGCGGGAGCAGGUGUCGCCAGGUCUGGUGGCUAGCUUGCCGCAGAACGUGGUCGGGAUGGUGAAUCGUCUGGUGGAACUGGAGAAGUACCAGCUUGUGACACAGGAGUGGGAGGCAAGAAAACUCCGACAGCAGAACAAGAGGCAGUUGUCAUCUUCUGGUGGGGGUCAAAACCGCGCGACCAGCGCGCGUGUUCGAGACAAACGGUGUUGUGGACUGUGCCUGCAGGCCGCGUGCGUUGGAGACUGCCCAGAGAAGCAUCUGAAUGUCUCUGGUGGAGGUCGGUGUGACAGAUGCUUUCAGCUGUUGUGCCCUGGCUCGUGCCAGGACACCAAGUACGAGCAAAGGAUGCGACUGACCAGAAGCGGAAGUGGAAUUUUGGACUUAAGUGACAACCCGCCGCCACUUCCACCACGACCUGUGUCUCUAGGGUGUCACUCCUGCCAGCAGAGACACAACGCGAAGCUCAUCAACGCCAACAACAUUCUCCUGGGACGGCCAAAGUCUUCCAACUCCACUUACUCCCGCGGCAAGGCUUCGGCAAGCCCCCAUGAUCUCCGCCCUCUCUCAGCCGCCAGCUUGAAUGCUAGUCUUCUUAAAGACUUUGAACGCAUGGGGAUCGAACCCCAGCAAGUGGCAACUAUAGCCAAAAGGCCUCCGUCCAGACUCCGCAGUCGAAACGGCCUGGUGCCCGGGAAAAGCUUACGUUCCAACCGCCGCGAGUCGUUGACGGAGGCUUCACACAACAGGAAACGAAAGUUUGUGUUUAGAAGGCCAAGGACCGCCAGACCUAAUUCUUGAUGUGAAUAAGCCAGACACACAUCAAAUGUUGAGGUUUGCGUUUCAAAUGUGUCAUGUCCACGAAGAAACCAUUAAUACAGUGGCCCACUUCCUAUAAGUUUGAAUUAGGCGAUCUACUUUUUAAGUGGCCCAUCCUGUAUUAUUAAUGACUAGACAUUCUAUUUUUCAGACAAUGCUAAGUGAAAUAUAUUAAGACAAACUCAGGUUUUAUUUUUAUUAUGUUGUUUUGUUUAAAAUUCCAUCUCUAUGCCUCAAUGUGUUAUCAAUGGGGCCUGUGAAACUGCAUCUGUGACAUUGUUAACCAUGAAUUAUGUACAGCAAUGCCGCAGGAAAACAAGCUGUCUUCUUUCAAAAGUCUAUGACUGCAAAACUGCAUUUAAGCUGCGUCCGCUAAAAGGAGUUGUUUAUUUUGGGGUGGACAAAUCAAUGUCAUCUCAGUUCAUGCAAAUCUUUUCAGAUGCUUCGAAAGAGCUGGCAGUGCUGUUAAUGCGUCCCACACUAAACAAUCAUGAUGACCCCUUCACAAGAUAUAAACAAAUCAUGCAAAGGGUUGAUGCAAUAAUAUGGGAUGUUUAUUCUAAAGUGGCAAAGCCUAUGGCACUAGGUGUUAAUAUGUUGAAAUAAAUAAGUCUUUUACAGUG